AUGACGGCCGAGAGCGGGCCGCCGCCUCAGCAGCAGCAGCAGUUGCAACAACAGCAGUUGCAGCAGCAGCAGCAGCAACAAGCCGAGGCGCUGGCGUCGGUGAAGGAGGAGGAGGAGCGCGGGGAGCCGGCGGCGGCUGAGGCUGCGGGGCGCGCGUCGGGGGGCCGCCGCCGCAAGCGUCCCCUGCAGCGCGGGAAGCCGCCUUACAGCUACAUCGCGCUCAUCGCCAUGGCCAUCGCGCACGCCCCGGAGCGGCGCCUCACGCUGGGCGGCAUCUACAAGUUCAUCACGGAGCGCUUCCCCUUCUACCGCGACAACCCCAAGAAGUGGCAGAACAGCAUCCGCCACAACCUCACGCUCAACGACUGCUUCCUCAAGAUCCCGCGCGAGGCCGGGCGGCCCGGCAAGGGCAACUACUGGGCGCUCGACCCCAACGCCGAGGACAUGUUCGAGAGCGGCAGCUUCCUGCGCCGCCGCAAGCGCUUCAAGCGCUCCGACCUGUCCACCUACCCGGCCUACAUGCACGACGCGGCGGCCGCAGCCGCAGCCGCUGCAGCCGCUGCAGCCGCCGCCGCUGCCAUCUUCCCGGGCGCCGUGCCCGGGGCUCGGCCGCCCUACUCGAGCGCCGCCGCUGUCUAUGCAGGCUACGCCGCGCCGCCCCCCGUCUACUACCCGGCCGCGUCGCCCGGCCCGUGCCGCGUCUUCGGCCUGGUGCCCGAGCGGCCGCUCAGCCCGGAUCUGGGCCCCGCGCCGUCGGGCCCGUCGGGCUCCUGCGCUUUCGCCUCCGCCGGCGCCUCCGUGGCUGCAGCCGCCGCUUCCACCGCCAGCGGCUACCACCAGCCCUCGGGCUGCACCGGGGCGCGCCCCGCGAACCCCGCGGCCUUCGCAGCAGCCUACGCGGGGCCCGACGGCGCGUACCCGCAGGGAGCCGGCAGCGCCCUCUUCGCCGCGGCCGCCGCGGCCGGGCGCUUGGCCGGGCCCGCCUCGCCCUCCACGGGUGCCGGCGGCGCUGCCAGUGUGGAGACUGCGGUGGAUUUCUACGGGCGCACGUCUCCCGGCCAGUUUGGGGCGCUGGGGCCUUGCUACAAUCCCGCCGGGCAGCUGGGAGCCGGCACCGGGAGCGCCUACCAUGCCCGACACGCGGCCGCCUAUGCGGGUGCCGUGGAUCGGUUCGUGCCCGCCAUGUGA